GGUCUUCAGCUUUGGCUCUUCUGUGAUAUUUGAUAGACAUAUUCAGGACCUCGGCUGUAUCAGGAUGAACUCCACAUUAACGUGCACCCAGAGCACUGAAAAAGAGUUUGAGGAGCAAUACAAGACAAACUGACACAGACACAGAGAGAGAGAAAGAGCGCAGGAUAGAAGAGAAGGGAUUUCUUUACCGAGAGGGAUUCCCCACCCAGGGAAACGGAGGUGUGCUGGCAAACUCUCGCAGUCAUGAACAGAAGCUGGAGAUGAAGAUGACAUCUGGAAGCAGCUGAAGCUGUCAGGCUUCAUGUCUCCAUCCUCCCCUGAGGGAGGACAAGAAGAUGAGUGUCACCAAUCAUCACUGCUUCAACAUCCUGACCAUCAUCUUCCUCGUUCUGACUACUACAGCUCUCUCUGCUCAUUUUCGGGUGUGUGAGUCUUACACCGACCACAAAGGGCGCUACCACUUUGGAUUCCACUGUCCUCGACUCUCGGACAACAAGACGUACAUGUUCUGCUGCCACCAUAACAACACGGCCUUCAAGUACUGCUGCAACGAUACUGAGUUUCAAACAGUCAUGCAGGUCAACCUGACCACGUCUCCAGACGGCUACGCUCACAACAAUUACUCUGCAUUAAUCGGGGUGUGGAUCUACGGAUUCUUCGUCAUGGUGCUGCUAGCACUUGAUUUUCUGUAUUACUCGGCCAUGAACUAUGAGGUGUGCCGAGUUUAUCUGGAGAAGUGCGGGUUGGGCGGCCGCUGGCUGAAACAGGCCCGAGGUCAGUGGCACGGAGAGGGACAGGAGGAAAGGGACGGACGGCCCGCUCAACCCACAGCUCCGUCACAACCUCAAGAGCAGCAUCAUGAACACAGCUGCGGUCAGAUCAGACACAGCCUGACGAGCCCAGGACAGACCGCACACAAUACCACAACAGACUGAGAUUGACCAAAUGUAAGGACCAACUGUUGGAGUCCCCGGGUGAGGGAGUGCAUUAUGGGAAACAAACUGUAAUACAUGCCCCUGCCACAUGGACCUACAUCACAGAGCCUGUUUGCCCCUGGCCUCUCGAUGUGGUCCAAAUCUCACAGGGUACGUCCCUCAACCCCUCGACAAACCCAGAAACUC